CAAAAAAUUUCCCCUCCUUUUCCCACAAAGCCUUCCCAUAUAUCAAAUGGGGGGGGGGGGCAACAGAAAAAAACCCCAGCAAAACAGAUGAAUACAUAGAAAAAGUCUUAAAAUAUGUAAAAUGUCCAACGACCCACGGAAGACUUCCCACCUCCACAAAGGUGUGGGGUGGGGGUGUCAUCUGAUAUUUUUGCUUUGUUUUGUUUUAUAGUUUUGCAACAUUCACUUCUGAUUGUUUUUAGGACAGUCUUUCCGUUUACAUCGUUUUAAGUCAUUGUGCAUACAGGGAGGUACCAAUUUGUUCUAAUAAGAAAUUUCCUUGAAGUGGUCUCAUUAUUGGAACUCGCACAGCAUAAUUCCAUUGGGCUGGAACCAGGUACCAUAUUUUACAUAAUUAUAACUUCGAAUAGUGUGAAUUCGAAUACCUGAACUGUUUUUCUUGGCUCAAAAGUAGGUGAUAAUUGAAGAUAACAGCAGAAUAAAGGAAGGUGGGGCGGUACUAAACCCAGUCUUAAGUGAGAAGCCAGUUUCACUUCCCACCCUCAAGUCACUCCCUGCCCGCCCUACCAAGACCUGUAGGAAGCCAUCUUGAACCUUGCCUCUCCAAGGAAACUACAGCUCCCAGAAUUCCGUGCGUCACGAGCGUAGUGCUGGCACGGGGCGUGGGCAGGAGCCAUCUUAGUUGCUGGCCGGGCCUCGAAGCAGGGCUAGUCGGCCAGGCGCCAUCUUUGAGGCUGGCAACCCGGAGGGUCCGUGGCUGUUGCCCGAGGAACGAAAAGCAGUGGCGGCAGCGACGGCGACAGACCCUGGCAGCGAAUGAAGGAAAGAGUCGAGGCCGCGGCGGAAGCGGUGAAGAGCGACUCCGGCCUGGUCAAGUUACGCCUUCAGGUUUGGGGAUAUUCCCUGCUCAAAAAAGUCCUGGAAAAUUGACUAGUGUUGUGUGAGUAAAAGGAGUAAUAAAUUGGAAUUCAUUGAAGACAGACGAUCCUGUGGAGGUCACCCAGCUAAUAAUCCAGAGGUUUGUCUCUAGAAGGCCCCCAGUGAGAAGAAUUCUGUCUUUUAGUUUACAGCCAGGGAAAAUUGAGUUUAAAAUAGAUUUGAUUAUAAUAUGUUCUUCCCCCUGCCUCCACUGGUGAGUUUGGGUGUAACAUUUUAAAGAAGAUUUCAGUGGUUGAAUUGCCUGUGGAAGAUUGAGAACAUUUGAAAAAGAGUUGGAACCUGGUUCUCUUCUAGAGAAGUAGUGGCUUGUUUUCAAGCCCCAGCACUUGAUCUGAGGAUCUGGCCAGCAUGUCUAAUCAAGGAGAAGACUGCUACUUUUUUUUCUAUUCUACAUGCACCAAGGGAGAUAGCUGCCCAUUCCGGCACUGUGAAGCUGCCCUAGGAAAUGAGACUGUUUGCACACUGUGGCAGGAAGGGCGCUGUUUUCGACAGGUCUGCAGGUUCCGACACAUGGAAAUUGAUAAAAAGCGGAGUGAGAUUCCAUGCUACUGGGAAAACCAGCCAAUGGGAUGUCAAAAAUUAAAUUGUGCAUUUCAUCACAACAGAGGUCGCUAUGUUGAAGGCCUUUUCCUACCUCCAAGCAAAACUAUUUUACCCAUUGUGCCUGAGUCACCAGAUGAAGAGGUGAAAACUAGUCAGCUUUCAAUGCAGCAGAAUAAACUGUCUGUCCCGUCCAACCCCUCCCCCCAGCUUCGGGGUGUAAUGAAAGUGGAAAAUUCAGAAAACGUUCCCAGUCCCACACAUCCUCCAGUUGUAAUCAAUGCUGCAGAUGAUGAUGAAGAUGACGAUGAUCAGUUUUCUGAGGAAGGAGAUGAAACUAAAACACCUAUUCUACAACCAAGUCCUGAAGUUCAUAAUGGAUUACGUAUAACUGGUGCCCGGAAACCCGGGGUCAGCCUAAAGCUAGGUGAUAGUUUGAAUUUUGGAAUAAAAACUCUUGAAGAAAUCAAGUCAAAGAAAAUGAAGGAAAAAUCUAAAAAGCAAGGAGAAGGACCUUCAGGAGCAUCUGCUCACUUAUUUCAACCUCAACCCAUUCCAGGUCCUGAGAAAGAGAAUGUCAGAACUGUGGUGAGGACAGUGACUCUGUCUAACAAACAAGGAGAAGAGCCUUUAGUACGACUGAGUCUUACAGAAAGGCUGGGGAAGCGGAAGCUCUCAGGUAUUGACAGUGACCCUCCACUGAAACGAAGCCUUGCUCAAAGGCUUGGUAAGAAAAUUGAGUCUCCAGAAAUGAAUACUGACAAAACACCAAAGAAAGUUCAAGUUUCUAAGUCUCUGAAGGAGAGAUUAGGAAUGCCAGCUGAUCUAAACAGUAUGGAGACAACAGCAGAACGAUCUGCUAAAGGUGGAGAGAUCCACGUGAAGACACUAGAAGAAAUACGUCUUGAGAGAGCCAGCCAAAAACGAGGAGACUUGCAAACCAAAAUCAAGAAUGAAGGACCCCAUAAGACUGAAGAUUCCAACUUAGGGAUGAGGAGCUCUUCUGCUAUCCGAAUUAAAACAUUCUCUGAGGUUCUGGCUGAAAAGAAACACCAGCAGCAGGAAGAAGAGAGACAGAAAGCUGAGAAGGAAAACCCUUCUCUUAAGCUCAGAAUAGAGAGUGAGUCCAAGAAACCAGUAAUCUUGCCUCCCACUGCUGCCAGCAAAGGGCAAUUGGAGGAGCCUGCAAGUAAAACAAAGCCCAUGCAGGAAGUACACAUAAAAACCUUGGAGGAGAUCAAACAGGAAAAGGCAUUAAGGGUACAACAGAGUGCUGAGAAUAGCACCAACUUCCAGCUGCAGCCUGCGACUACUCCAGUCAUGAGACGACUGCUCCGCAUCACCAAAAGAACAGGUAUAAAGGAAGAGAAGAAACUUACUGAAGCAGGUGAGACCACAUCUCGACUUGGUGUUACCCGAACAGAGGCUGUUGAGGUAUCUUCACAACCUUCAGAUGAGACCACAGGAGAUGGGAUUUCCAAAGUUCAAGUCAAGAAAUUUGAGGAUAUCAUGAGAGAGAAGCGCAAACGGAAACAGCAAGAGGUGGAGACACUACAGAAGGAGAAAACCGUCUUGACACCCCUUCAGGAAGAGGCAGCACCUAGUAGCAUCCAAGUGGCAGAGAAAUCAGAACUGAUUGCUGUGCCAGCAAUCACCCGCCAGCUGACAAAGCGCGUGCGAAUGAAAGCCCAGCAAGUAGAGGUAGAAACUUCAGAAACUAGGGAUUCAAUACUGAAUGUGAAAUGUGCAGCACAGCCCUUGGAAAAAAGGGGUAAAGCCAAGCCCAAGGUUAAUGUCAAGCCAUCUGUGGUUAAAGUCAUUUCAACCCCUAAAUUGGCCACCAAACGCAAGGCAGCUGAAGUCCACCCUGCUGUCAUUGCAGCUGUAAAGCCACUCAGUUCGAGCAGUAUUCUUCAGGAAAGCCCAAGCAAAAAAGCAGCUGUGGCUGCUGUUCCCGUUCUCUCUGAGGACAAACCAGUCACUGUGUCUGAGACAGAAAAAACCCCAAACAGUCUUGAUCUGCCUCCAAGUCAAGCUUCUUCUGAUCCCCUAGUACCGGAAGUAUCUAGUCCUUCUUCAUCCCAAGUGGCAACAAAAAGCCGCCGGCUCAGCUCUGCCUCUUCAGGGAAACCCCCCCUUUCUGUGGAGGAUGAUUUUGAGAAACUCAUCUGGGAGAUCUCAGGAGGCAAAUUGGAAGCAGAAAUUGACCUGGAUCCUGGAAAGAAUGAAGAUGACCUUCUACUUGAGCUAUCAGAAAUGAUUGAUAGCUGAAAGUGGUGACAAGAUCACUUUAAAAAAAACUCACAAAAAAAAAACUGGAUUUUGUUUCUUUCAUCUAUUAUAACAUUUGCCUGAGGUGACUAUUUCUCUAGGCCAGGAUUUGCCCCAAUCAGAAGCAUACCUCAGAAGUAUCUACGCUUGUUUGGGCCUCCUGUGGGUCAACUUAAAGAGAAGGCCUUUGGGCAGCCAUCCUGUCUAUUGUUGUUUAGAUUUGAGAUAAAGUUCCUUGUCUCACCCGCCCCCUUGUUCCCUCCUUCUCCCACUUAAAAAAAAAGAGAGAGAGAGAAAGUAGAGAUGAGAUUAGGUUUGGGGGGGCAUAAAGGAGCUUAAAGCUUUAAGGUCUAUGUUUGUUAAUUCUGGCUUUUUUCUUUGGGUCUUCUUUGUUGUGCGUGUGAACGGAUACAUGAAAGGUUAUUGGAGUUUGAAAAAGAUGAAGACAGCUGCUACUACUCUUUAAGGACCAAAUUUCAUGCUGCCACUGAGCAAAAUACACUCAGCUUUUGUUACGUUGUCUGUCCUUUUACAAUGUAUUUAAACUGUUAACAUAGCUUUAGAGAGGGCUAAGCAGCUACAGGGAGCAAACCAGAAUAACAUGGACAAUUCUUCUAGGUCCAAGUUUUGGUGCUUCUGCUACUCUGAAGGCUUCUAACUAGCAACAGCUUAUUUAUUACUACUGUAAUUUUAAAAGUUUUUUUUUUUGCUUGAAAGUGCCUCGGUGGUCCCAAGAACUACUGUGUUGCUGGGAUCCCCUGGUUUCUUCACAAGAAGUAAUAUGAUUAGAAGAACCCUCUUCUCAGCAUGAAAGUUUCUCCCCUCCUCCCCCAAGUAUUCUUCCCUCUCCCAUACUUUUCUACCACCACUGGCAUUGAAUCACCAGGAGUUGUGUGAAGGGUUAUGUUUUUAUGUUUUUUAAAUCUCUACUGCUGCAGUUUCAGCAAAUUCUCUUGCCCUGGGUUUCUCUACCCUUAACCACCUAGAAAGGAAGCCGAAUCAGCUGCUGAUUUUCAUAUGUGAACUAUAGCAAUACACUGAACCCCACUGUAACAGGGAUGUUGAGAUGCUUUGGAGGUGUAUUGUGUACCUUCCAUUUUUGUAGAUGAUUUUUUCCUACUAUUUCUGAAUUGAUUUUUUUUUUGUUAUUCUUGACGUCCUCUCCACAUCCCCUCAAGGGUUUUAGACGUGUGCUAGAAUAAGCCUAUUCCAGGCUUGUGUUCUCAGAAGGAGAUAUAUUGCAUUGUAAAUAUUUGUGUUCAUAUGGUAUUUUGAAGAAAGGAAAAAAAAAACUUGUCCAUUUUUAUAAUUCAUUGUAGGUGGUAUCUUGGUUCCCACAGGGAAAAUUGAUCCACCUGUCAUAUUGGCUCCUAAGGAACUGCUGUUGUAGGCGGCUCAUCAAAAGGAGAACUUCAUGUAAUCUCAUGGGAAGGUGGAGAAUGCCACAGGACUACCCAUUUGGCCUUGUUGAGGUCUGAAUGGUUAUGCACAAACAAAAGUAACUUGAGAAAUUUAUAUAUUUAAAAAAGAUGAACACAGUCCCCACCCCUCCCUCUGCAACUGAAAGUGUUUGUUGUAUGAGGACCCUUCCCCAAGGCCAAGCAUGGAAUGUUCUGGCUCCAUUACUGAUUGCCUCCUCCCCCUUCCCUUUCCCCAUUUCAUUCUUGAGAUCUGCACUGAGAUCUCUAAUCCCUUUUGUAAAUAAUCAUUUUAUUCUUUUCAUUUUUUAUGAUUUUGUUUGUAUCCUAUUUAAAGCACUUGUAUUAUUAAUCUGUGUCUGAAUCAUUCAUGUUCAGCAUCAUUUGAACCAUUAGUCAUUACGGAGAAAGACAUAUUUGUGUUUUAAAUAAAACUGGUGUAGGAAAUUUUUGGCAGUGUGA